AAAAAAAAAAAAAAAUUCUUACCAAACACACCCUCGCUGUUGCGUGGUAACAUAGCCCAAACUAAUAGGAUUCUUUCCUCUCUAUUAGUUUUUUUAAUUUUUCUUUUCUUUUCAUCUUCCCCAGUCUCAAACACCUCACGCGCCAUUCGGUUUCACGCGCCACCACAUGGCUUCUUCACCAACACUCCCCAUCUCGACCCCCGUAUCCAACAGCAGCGCCGCCGCCGGUACACAAUCGCAGUCACCAAUGGCCACGGCGGCUCUCCGCGCCAUCAUUUCCCGGCUCUCCUCAUCCCUCCGCCACGGAUUCUCGGAGCGGCGCCCUUGGUCGGAGCUCAUCGACCGAUCCUCCAUGUCCCGUCCAGAGUCCCUCACCGAAGCAUACUCGCGGGUCCGCAAGAACUUCUCCUACUUUCGCGUUAACUACGUAACGCUAUUGGCCUUCGCCCUCGCCGUCUCUCUCAUAACCCACCCUUUCUCUCUCUUCCUCCUCUUCGCCCUCCUAGCUUCAUGGACCUUCCUAUACCUCUUCCGCCCCUCAGACCAGCCCCUCGUCCUCUUUGGCCGCACCUUCUCAGAUCGCGAAACCCUCGGCAUUCUCGUGGUGCUCACUGUUUUCGUUAUCUUCCUUACCAGCGUUGGAUCCCUCUUGAUCUCCGCCUUGACCGUUGGUUUGGCCAUCGUGUGCGCGCACGGUGCGUUUCGAGUCCCCGAGGACUUGUUUCUCGACGAUCAGGAACCCGCCAACGCCGGCUUCCUUUCGUUCCUCGGCCGCGCUGCGUCUUCUGCCGCCGCGCCGGCUGUUCCGCGCAUGUAAACGGAGGGAUCUGGACUU